AAUACAAAUAUUUACAGAUAACAUAAUAACAAAUAUUCUGCAAUGGAAAAAGACUCGGAUAUAGAAUCUAAAUACCAACGUCUAGCCGCAGAAUAUUCUAAAAUAAGAUCUCAAGCAACAGUGUUGAAAAAGGCGGUGUUGGACGAACAGGCGAAGACUUCGGGGCUCCAAGAACUGGUUAGAAAUCACGAGCAAACCGUCAGGAAACGCGAUCAAGAAAUCGAAAGUCUUACGUUCAGAAAUGACCAAUUAACGAAGAGAAUUGUUGUCCUGCAACAAGAAUUGCAAGCAAAUAACGGUAAAAGGAACAAGAACAAAGUACCGGACUUUGCCCCAAACGUCGAUAUUUCCGUGCUGAACGAUGAGCUACAAAAAAAGAUUCUAGAAAAUGCCCAAUUAUUCAAUUCAAUUGCAGAAAAAGAAUCAGACAUCUUAGAAUGCAGAGAAAAGAUCAAAAAUUUAGAAGACUUAAUAACGAAUUUCCAAAAAGAUUUGUCGAAAAGCGAAAAAUUGCGAAACGAUGAACAGCUCAAACACAAAAACAUUAAACAUCAAUUAGAGACGAAAAUCAACGAGUUAUCGGCUUAUGGAGUUAAUAACAAAACCAUUUCAGAUACUCCUGAUGAUAAUGCGAAAAUCUGGCAGAACGAGGCGGAACGAUGGAAAGCGGAAUGCGACUUGUUGAAACUAAAACCCACCUCUGAGGACAAAUUAACUGUUUACUACGAAUCUCAAUUUAGUCAAAUAUUAGAGUCGAAUUCCUUGCUGAAAUCCGAAGCGAAAACGGCCUGGGCAGAAAAUCUAUCGUUGACUGCUAGAUUAGAGGACAUUUCAUUAGAGCACGGCAAGCUUAAAAGCUGCUUGGAAAACAAUUACGAAGAGUUGAUGAUUACCAAUAAAAACUACAAAGACCAAUUGGAAGCUAUGACUGAACAUCUAGCAGCUCAAAAUGAAAAGAUUACCAAGCAAUGUGAUGAAAUACAAUUUCUAAAGCACAAAUUAUCGUCAAAAAAAUAACUGUAUCGUUUUUAAAUGAUCUGUGAUGAGUGAUGAGGAAACAAAGAAUUUGGAUAUUUUAAAGAACACCACAACGUAUAGAUAACCGAAUGAAUACAGGUAAUUUUAUUAAUAUUGGUAUAAUUAUUGUGAUAUUUGUUAUUAUUUUUUAACUUAGAGUUUCUAAAAUAAUGAGGAUAUUCAUAGAAACGGUGCACCUAUUAUGAAAUUUAAAUUAUAAAAGUAUUUUUAAAUCCACCUAAACAUUGCAUUACAUUUUUUCAAAUUAUUCAAUACUUUCUACUGUUUACACAUAUUU